GAGAUCCAAAUUUUCUUUCCGGGACAGCGACUUCUUCCCCGUUUGGACGCGCGUAUUUCCGCGCGGCAGUCUGCGGGUGCCGGAGGACCAUCCGAAGAGCGCGAGCAUGGCGAACGAGAGCCGGUGGAUGUGCAUGACUUACUGGGAGACUUUCAGCCCGGUACAACGGUGGAGCUGCAUGGCCUCACAUCGAAACGUGGUGGGCAACUCAACGGCAAGGUUGGAGUGGUUGCGGAUGAGCAAGAUCCUACAGACGUCGAGCGCAUUUCCGUGGAGGUUUCCUGCACCACCGGAUCUGUAGAAGUUGUCAAAGUUCGGCCUGCCAACUUGCGCCAUGUGGCCGAGACUUCGUUGCAGGACAUCCUUCCCGCAAAGGCACAAGCCAAUGAGGCCUUUGCACGACGUGACUACCUUGCCGCAAUUGAAGGUUAUGGCGAGGUCAUCGGGAAACUGUCGAUCAUCAAAACUGACGAGGCUGCUUCUGAGAAGGUGAAGUGUUUGUGCAACAGGUCGCUCUGUUUCAGCAAGUUGGAGCGGUGGGAUGAAGCCCGUGCAGACUCACUGGCGGCAGUGGAACGAGAGCCGGCCAAUGGCAAAGCGCACUUCCGCCUAGCGUUUGCGACAUUCCGGGGUGGCAUGGUUGAGGAUCAGACCAAGGUAUCGGAUGCGGUAAAGCAUAUUUGCAAUGCGGCAGCACUGAAUAAGAUGCAGGCCGAUCAGUCAAUCACAGACUUGCUUGGAGAGAUAGCCAGCAUGUCAGAGAAGCCUGUGCCGCCACCUGGAGGCGUAGUGGCGGUCAGGUCAUCACAGCACUUGGCACAGGCCCUUGGUAGUGCGGCUACGAAGUUCAUCUGUCUGACCCCUGGUGACUAUGCGUGUCUUGCUUGGCCACCUGCAUUUCGGGUGGAGCACGAUGUUACAAUGGUUGGCUUGGGUAAUGUUACCUUCUUAAAAUCUGCAAGCCAUGUGUUUGAUAUUGGGGCGCGCUUGCACAUGAGCAACAUUCGACUAACAGAUGGGCAGACCAGCGUGCAAGGGCAAGGUUUCGCUGCAUGUGUGGUGAGUGGUACUGCCUCUUGGCUCACGAUGGUCAACUGCACCGUUGAGAACAGCUGCGCAGGUGGAGUUCUGGUUUGUCAGAGUGGCCGUUGCACAGUGGAGAGUUGCCAAUUCCGCAAUCUGUCACGGCAAGCCAUCGAAGUGAGGGAGCUUGGGCAACUAGAAGCACGACACACACAGUUUCAGCGUGUCAGGCAGGGGGUGUCGGCAUACGCAGGAGCGCGCAGCGUUCGCAUUGAGCACGUGUUCAUCGAUCGCACUCAGAACGAAGGAGUUUAUGCUUCUGGCGAUCUCAAGACCGCAGAGACCAAAAUCCUUGAGCAGAACCUUGAUGUCACGGAGCUGCACCUGUACAACAAUCCGCGAGGAACACCGGGAUGGAAGCAGCGGGCAGAGGCACAUCAAGCCGGUCGUUCGAUAUCAAUGAUGUCAGCAGAGAUGGCAGAGGAGCUGGAUUGGAACGGCAGGCUGGUUUUUUUGAUGUCGGAUUCCACGAUCAGGAAUGCUGGAGGUUUGGCCUGUAGCUUCGAUGAAGGCUGUGCAGCGCAGGUUAUAAGGUGCUCUCUGGAGAAGACGAGUCAAAAUUUCACCGCUGGGUUUGCGGGUAUUGGAAUGAUGAUCAAGGGCGGGACGGAUGCCACAGUGAAGCAGUGCCGUUUCCUGGAGAACAUCAUAGGCUUGAACGUGGGUUUCAACUACGCAGGAAAUGUUGUCGUCGAGAGCUGUGUUUUCGCUAAGAACAACAUCACAGAUCUCGUCGAAGACGGCACAACAGACCCUGCACAGUUCCUCCCUAAGGGGGCGCCAUCCGAUCUUUCUGCCAAGCUGGAGGCAUAUGUCGAGACGCACCAGCAAGCUGGUGUAUGGAGCACACCCAUCCAGCAGGUUGGACUGCGGUUCCUUUCAAAGAAGGAUCGGAUUCCUGAAAUCUCAGAGAUAUCAGCAGUGGCAGUGGGCCCGACAUUGAAGCAGCCGUUGCCGCAGAAACUUGCAUGGGAAGCAGCUUCGGAGAAUCGGUAUGAUCUGGCAACGCCUUGCCCGUGUGGUUUCUGCAGUACAGAGCUCGGCAACAGCGCAGAGUGUGGACAAGUGGGUCUGCUGAACCACAUCGAUUUCCCCCCGUUCAUGUGCCUGCCGGCUCAUCUUGCCCUCGCGGAGAAGUUGGAUGACCCAAAUGCGCAGUUCUACUUCCGUUCAGAUCCAUCUGCCCCAUUUCGGCACUGGUGCCUCAUGGGAGAGAUACUGUCGGUGGCUACUGCCCGCGGUGCAGAUGCGCACUCCUUCAUGGCAGCAGCGGGUGAGGAGCAUCCAAAUACGGACGAGGUUCGCAGACCAGUCCUCCCCAGAGUCCGAUGUAGAAGUCCUGAUCAUGAUGGACGAGCCGUUGGUGCAAGGGAGCUCGCCAUUGAAGCCGGGUUGUACUCUUGCCGUACUGUACCCUGA